CCCUGCUGAUUGCCACGGGUCCGUACUCCACGGCCCUAGCACCGGCAGCAACCGGCAGGUCUCCGAGCUGGUGGAUGUCUGUGAGGGGUAGGGAAAGGCGUUUUCUAGUCGCUACAUAGAGCUUUCACAGUAUUACAACGUCGGGCGCGAUGGACGGCCUGACGCUGCUGAUCGCCGCCGGGGUGUUCGUCGUGCUGGUGGCGCUGGUCUACCUCAUCUCCGUGACCGGUGUCCGCGAGAAGAGCUAUGACGAGGCCAUGGCCGAGCAGCGGCGCGCCAUCCAGGAGUCGAAGGAUCGCCAGGCCGCUCUGAAAAAGGAGUCGCGUCCUAAGAAGUACCGGCAGGAUCGCCGAAAGAAGGACAAGCAAGCGUCGUCGGGAGACAACAAGAAGAGCAGCGAUGACGAAACGGAAAAGGAGGCCCCCUCCGGAACCCGGCUCCCCAUAGAAGAGGUCAACGGACAGCAGGAAGACUCUGACGACCCGUCUCCGGCACCCAGCCCACGGGCUACCCCACCCGCCCCUGCCGCCGCCCCCGCCCCCGCCCCCGCCGCUGCCCCUGCCCCUGCCCCUGCCCCUGCCCCUGCCCCUGCCCCUGCCCCUGCCCCUGCCCCGGGCCCUACUGCCGGUCGCAAGCAGGCUGACAAGAAGAAGCGGAUGGCCAAGGCCGAACCCAGGGUUGAGGUGGAUGUGAACACUGAACUGGAUGCGAAGAAGGCGGCCGAACCAAAGAGGGACGAAAAGGAAGUUGCGAAGAGAGAUGUGCAGAAGGAGGCCGUCAAAGAGCAGCAGAUGAAGGAGGCUCCGGAAAAGGAUGUAGAGGAUGAUGAAGAGCCCGAAGUGGACGAGGAGGUGGUGCCGGCGCCGGCUGACAGACGCUCCGGCUUGGAGGCGGCGCCCACCAAGAAACGGCGUCCGGCCGAACGGCGUCGCAACGCCGCCAGUCUGGCCGGCCCAGAAGGCCUGAGCCUGAAGCGCGUGCAAUCGCUAGUGGAGGCGGCGCCACUCAGCCGGGCAGAAAUCCAGACGCUGAUCGAGUUACUGCUCAACAAACAGUCCAGCUCCGACUGGAUCGCCAAGGGCAGCCGGCCCGACCCCGUCACCCAGCUGCGCAAACAGCUGGAGGAGGCGCAGAACCAGCUGAACACUGAGCAGGAGUCGGCGGCCAGCAGCCAGCAGCGGCUGCUGCAGCUGCGCGCCGAGCUCAACCAGGAGCGCGUGCGCACCGGCCAGCAGAAGCGCACGCUGGACGAGCUAGCUGCGCAGCAGGCUGCGGACUCGGCGCGCGCCCAGGCGCAGGAGCAGCGGCUGCGUGCCGAGCUGGCUGCCUUCCAGCAGCAACUGCAACAGCUGCAGGAGAGCAGCCAGCUGCAGCUGCACCAGGCCGUCGCCGCCGAGAGGAUGAAGCAGGAGCUCAUGCUCAAAAACGACUUUGAGCAACAGCGCCGCGAGCUGGAGGCCCUGCGUUCCGAGCACGAGGCGUACGUGCGCGCCGCUCAGCAGCGACUGGAGGAGCGCGACCGCCAGGUGGCGCAGCUGCAGCAACUGCAGUCGAUCCACGGCGCGCUGGAGCGCGAGAACAACACGCUGAAGCAGCAGAUGACCGAGUUGCAGAACGCGGCCGACGGCGCGGCGCGCACGCAGAGCCGGCUGGACGGCACCGAGCGUCAGCUGACGGCCGCCCGGCAGGCGCACGAGGAGCUGCGCGCGCGCGCCGAGGCCGAGCUGGCCGAGGCGAGCGGCCGCCUGGGCCAGGCGCAGGCCGAGGCCGCUCGCCUCAUGAACGAGCUCCAAGAGGCCAGGGUCGAGCUGGAGGCGGCGCGUGAGGAGUCGUCCCACCAGAAACAGAACGGUGAAGCGCGCCAGCACGACGAGCAGCUGCAGCUGCUGACCAGCCAGCUGGCGCAGCAGAAAAGCGAGCUUGAGGCACGCCGCCGCGAGCACCAGGCGGCGGAGGCGGCCUCACGCCGAGAUGAGCGGCUCCUGGUCCGGCGGCUGCUGGUCGACCUCUUCCCCACGGUCAACGCCGACCAGCUGGACGUGGUACGUGCGCUGCUGGUGGACUGA